AUUAACAAAGAUGGGGAUGUAGCUCAUAUGGUAGAGCGCUCGCUUCGCAUGCGAGAGGCACAGGGUUCGAUUCCCUGCAUCUCCAAUUUUGAUAUUUGAAGUUUUUUUUUUCGCUACCACCCAAUUUUCAUUAUUUUUUCAUUUUACAACUUAUUUCCAACAUGGCAACUGCUGAAUGGUCCACGUACCCCAGAUAUUUUUAGCGCUCAUUCAUAUACUUUACUUUCCGGAUAAAAGGAAUUUGAAAAAUCGGCUGUUAAUUAACAGCACCAGCAAACUCUGACUCUGGUCUCGUGCUUCUUAUCGACUCAGAGAAGAAAAAAAGCCUCAGAACUCCAUUAAUGGAGGCUGUAAUGGCUCCGGCGGGAACAGUACACCGAUCUCCCUCCAGAUUUCAAUUCCUUAAGCCUUCUCCCAACUUCGUCAACUCCACCUUCAAAUUCAAGCCGCAACAACUCUACACCUUCCGCAAUCACUGCCGAACCCCGCUCCUUCCUUCCCUAACCUCAAUAAACUGCAAGCUAAAAUCCUCUCGAGAAAUUAAGAAGCAGAACGCCUCUAAGAAGAUUGAGCUAUGGAAUUCCGCCCCGCCGUUGUCGGAAGAGGAAAGUAACGCCGGCAAUGGGAAGAAGGAGCCUGUUAAGGCUAGGAGUGGAAACAGUGCGGUGCUGCGGUCGGUCAAGAAGUUGUCGAGGAAGGUUUUGACUCUGCUGUCGAAUUUGCCUCUGGCUAUCGGAGAAAUGUUCGUGAUUGCCGCGCUUAUGGCUGUUGGUACGGUGAUUGAUCAAGGUGAGACUCCCGAGUACUAUUUCCAGAUGUAUCCAGAAGACAGUCCCGCGUUUGGGUUCUUUACCUGGAGAUGGGUUCUCGCUCUUGGGUUUGAUCACAUGUUCUCAUCUCCUGUUUUCCUGGCAACUUUGGCGCUUCUCGGAGCUUCUCUAAUGGCUUGCACGUACACAACUCAGAUUCCCCUCGUUAAAGUCGCAAGAAGAUGGAAAUUCUUGGACUCGGCUGAGGCAGUUCGUAAGCAGGACUUUUCUGAAACAUUGCCCAGGGGAUCAGUUCAAGAUUUGGGUGUAAUCCUGAUGGGAUCUGGAUAUGAGGUAUUUCUGAAGGGGCCAUGUUUAUAUGCCUUCAAGGGCCUCGUGGGUCGUUACACCCCUAUCGGAGUACACUUAGCCAUGCUUCUGAUAAUGGCAGGUGCAACUCUUAGCGCCACAGGAAGCUUCAGAGGAUCAGUAACAGUUCCACAAGGGCUGAAUUUUGUUGUGGGAGAUGUGUUGGGACCGAGUGGAUUUCUCUCCUUUCCUACUGAAGCCUUCAGCACCGAGGUUCACGUCAACAAGUUCUCCAUGGACUAUUAUGAGAGUGGAGAGGUGUCACAGUUUCAUACGGAUCUAUCUCUGUUAAAUCUUGAUGGGAAGGAAGUUAUGAGGAAAACAAUCAGUGUGAAUGAUCCUCUACGUUAUGGCGGGUUUACCAUUUACCAGACUGACUGGAGCAUUUCGGCAUUGCAAGUAGUCAAAGAUGGGGAAGGGCCUUUUAAUCUGCCAAUGGCGCCUCUAAAAGUAAAUGGGGAUAAGAAACUCUACGGAACAAUCUUACCAGUUGGGAGUAUUGAUGCUCCUAAUGUCAAGGGAAUAUCAAUGCUUGCUCGUGAUCUGCAGUCCAUUGUAUUGUAUGAUCAAGAAGGGAAAUUUGUUGGAGUUCGACGACCUAACUCCAAGCUUCCGAUUGAGAUAGAUGGCAUGAAAAUUAUGAUUGAAGAUGCAAUUGGAAGCAGUGGUCUGGAGCUGAAGACUGAUCCUGGAGUCCCAGUAGUGUACACCGGAUUCGGCGCUCUAAUGCUCACAACAUGCAUCAGCAUCUUAUCACAUGCGCAGAUAUGGGCUUUUCAAGAUGGAACGUCGUUGGUUAUUGGAGGCAAAAGCAACAGGGCGAAGGCCUCCUUCACUGAUCCAGGUGCCAGACCAAGUUGAUCACAUCCCGCCAGCUAAGGAUAAGUGGCUGACCUCAAAUUGCUAGGAAACAUGCAUGCAAACAUGGCUCAUGGCGAUGGAUGACACAGGACCUCAAAAUUGUGCAGAGAAAGCUAUAGAGCAUAUUCCUCAAGUCUCAGUUUGACAAAUUUUGCUCGUGUUUAUAUCAACUGUAAACCAAGAACUGAAGGAAUUUUGAUUGGAUGUUGUUCAAGAGGGUAGAUUUUACCCUAUUUAACAGUACAGCCAAGAAGAGAAAAAACAAAAGUACCCAAUUCCA